UUUACUAAAAUGGGGUCAUAUAUCAGCCCUCAACCUCAGGGGGGGUACCACCGAACCCAGCCCCAGCUCCCACAGCAGCACAAAGAGAGAGGUGCCAACUUGGAAAGCAACCACAACCUGAAUAAGUUUUCCUCCCAUGGUAGUGUUUUCCACUCAGAGAUGGACCAGGGGCCAGGGAUGAGGCUGGGUGUUCCAGAGCCUCGGGCGAUGAAUCAUGGCUCCAUGCCCAGCCUAGACCUCCAAAUUUGUGAUGGAGGAGGAGGAAUGGUCAGUAUGCCAAGAGGUGGAGGUGGAGGUGGAGGCAGGAUGUCUCCAGGGUUGAGGUAUGCCAAUGCUAAUGCUAACUGGAGUGGUCGUCUUCAUAGUGCCAGUUCCUUUGGGGAGGAGGGCUACUGUGGCCCAAAACAACACUACCAGCAGCAAGGGCCCCAGGUCCUCAAGGCUCCCCAGCCAAAGGCCAAAGAGACUUCACGUCUCAACAAGUUUCCCUUGGAUCUAGACAGCUUGGUAUGCAGCACCUCGACCACGUCUUACACCAUGGCUGAAGGAGGAUCAAUGAGCCCCAACCCCCCCAAGCCUCCGCCAAGGAGCACAGGAGGCCUCCAGCACCACACCAGCCCGCCAUCUACCUUGGCCAGUCCCUCAGCCUCUCUUAGCAGCCUUGACAGUUCCUCUGACACCCCAUCCCUCUCCCUCCACAAUCCCUUUUUGCCUUUCUCCCCAAGUUCUCAAACUCACUCGCAGAGUUCCAUCCCUAUCCCUGAGAUGAGUUCCCCGGUGACCCUUUCUCCAGGCCACAGCCCCAAGCUGGAGAUUCUCUCAGGGUCCCAAGUUGUCCAGGUAGUCCCCAAUCUAACUAACCCUUCCAGCUCCUCCACCCCCAGAGCCAUUUUGUCUGAGGAGGAUGGCCCAGGUGAUGCCAGAGAUAGUGUAGGUUCAAUCUUGCAGAGGAUUGCUUCCUUCUCCCAGCAUGUCGUUACUGACAGCACCCCAGCAACUGUGACCCAGCCCCCUACAGUCCAAAGCAAUGGUGGGUUAUCUUCUGAAUCUGGGUGUCCUGCUGACACCACGCUCAUGCCUCCAUGGAAACAGGGAAAGAAGAAAGAAACUGCUGGAGUGCUGGAGACGGACCCGCUCAGCCCAAUGGAGGAGAGAGAGGAGAGAGGCAUCAUGGGACAAGAGCGUGAAGAUGAGGGCAAGUGCCAAGGACAACCAGCCAACAUGGACACCCAGAACUCCAUGACAGAAACAGAGGAGAACUGUGUAGAGGUCUGUACCGAGAUGGAGGAGAAGGGGAAGGAGAAGGGCAUGGAGGAAAGAGAACUGAAGAAAGAGAUGGAGAUGAAGCUGGACGCAGAGGUGAAGAUGGAGCUGUGCCCGUCUGUGCCAGGCCUGCAGAUGAGCUUCAUCCGUGGCACUGACCUGUUUGGCUAUGUGGGCAUUGAGGCAGUGCUGGACCAGAUGAGGCGCAAGACCAUGAAGGCCGGCCUCGAGUUCAACAUCAUGGUGGUUGGUCAGAGUGGUUUGGGGAAGUCCACGCUGGUCAACACUUUGUUCAAGUCCAAAGUCAGCCGGAAGUCAUGUACGCCCAACUACGAAGAGAAGAUCUCCAAAACAGUCAAACUGCAUUCAGUCAGCCACGUGAUUGAGGAGAAGGGGGUGAGGAUGAAGCUCACAGUGAUUGACACUCCAGGAUUUGGAGACCAGAUCAACAACGAGAACUGCUGGGAGCCCAUAGUGAAGCACGUCAACGAGCAGUAUGAGAAAUACCUGAGAGAAGAGCUGCAUAUCAACCGCAAGAGGAGAAUCCCAGACAGCAGAGUCCACUGCUGCAUCUACUUCCUCCCUGCCACCGGACACAGGUUACGCCCCAUCGAUGUUGAGUUCAUGAAGAGGUUGGGAAAGAUAGUGAGCAUCGUACCUGUCAUUGCCAAAGCCGACACACUCACCAUUGAGGAAAGACAGGAGUUCAAAGAGAGGAUAAGGCAAGACUUAGCAGCCAAUGGGAUUCGUGUUUACCCUCAGAAAGAGUUCGAUGAGGAUCCAGAGGAACGCUUCCUUAACGACCGGAUCAGGGAAAGCAUUCCCUUUGCUGUGGUGGGAACGGACAAGGAGCACCAGGUGAAUGGAAACAAGGUCCUGGGACGUAAAACAAAGUGGGGAAUCAUUGAAGUUGAAAAUGUGGCACACUGUGAGUUUGCCAACCUGAGGGAUCUACUCAUCAGGUCUCACCUGCAGGACCUGAAAGACGUGACACACAACAUCCACUAUGAGACGUACCGGGUGCGACGGCUCAACGAGAGCAACAUGACCUUCAGUGAGCUGGGACUGUCCACCUGGCCGCUGGAGAACGGGACUGCUGACAAAUGCGAAUCAGAGAGUCACCUCUGAUCCCUCCAUCAGCCUCCUUCUUCCUGCACCUGCCAGAGGAAUGCUGAUGCUCCUCAUCCAAUCAGAAUGAGAGAUGUGAAAAAAAAGCUAUGUUUCUAUAUUUCUUUUUUUUCCCCACAUAAAAAAUGAGAUGAAGAAUAAUUUUUUCUUUCUUUCAGUAUGGGACAAACUAGUGGAUUGUUUUUAAAUGAGAAAUUAUGUUUGAGUUUUUACUCGUGCAUCAAAUAUGGAUACAUGUGAAACAAAUGUGAGCUCAUAUUUUCUGGAAGGAUGUUGACAUAUACAGGGCGGAGAGGAAACUUAAACAUACAGCUCCCAUGGUUAUCGGCUAUAUAACUUGUACACUAUAUCACCAAAAGUAUGUGUACAGCUUAGGCCUUAUCACCCAACCUCGGUGUUGGAAAGCCUGAAACAGAAUAGUGGAUGCUGUUAGAGCAGCACAUCAAUGCACAUAGUGUCAGCAUCACAACUAUGGCAUACUUUCUACAGGUGUCCGCAAAUGUUUGGCAAUGCAGUCAUUCUUGCUUAGGUCAAAUGUCCUCUGAGAAAGUUGAACAUGCUGUUUAUAUGUUGAACUUGUUUAAGAUACUUUCUAUAAAGCUUGAAGGCCACAUUCAAGUGCCAAAUCAACAGAGACGUGCUUACUUUGUCCAUCAUCUUUCUCUUUCAUAGAGUAACUUCUCGUAACGGACUUCUAUCUAUUACCUGACACAGAUAGAAUACACAUAGUCAUUAUGUCAUUGGUUGAGUACAUAAUGCUUAAUGCUAGUGGAAGUAUUUACUUCACAGUCUUGCUCAGUACUCCACCCAGUGGAUACAGCAGACACAAGGACUUCUUUUGAGAUGUGUGUGGAGGAAAAGGAAGGAAAAACUAAUAAGUCGUUAAGUUAAACAAGUUUUAUGUUCAGUAUGAUAUCAAAUUGUUGAAGGUGUGGUCACUGACUUUGCAAGAUCGUGAUCCAGUCUCCUUUUCACAUGUCACUGAGCCAGAUGAGGUGUAAGAUAGGAUAGUUGAUGUGCGAAAUAUAACCUACCAUUUCUAUAAUUAGUGAUUCAUUAAUUAGCUCUGCAGCUCUGUAGUUCUGCAGCUCUGCAGUCCUAAGCCAGAGAAAACUUUAUUCCGUUCAUUACUCAUUAACAACAACGGGCAUUAAUAGAAAACAAUUGUCAGAAUUUUCAUUUCAUUUCACCAAUAUUGCCAAAUGGAAUUCAGGGAUAGAUUGAUUCACUUUUUCAUUUACAUUGUGUGCGAGGCUGCUGCACUUCUGAAGAUUCACAGUAUUGUUUCCAUGUGAGUUUCUUGCUAAACCAAUUUAUAAAUUCCAUAUGCUUUUGUACAAAAGGCGUUCAUAUUGCACUUCCAACAUAGUAAAUCACACCUUGACAGCACCAAUGUACCACAGUAAAAAAAAAACACAGAAUAGUUUAGAAAGAAAUCAAGAUAACUACACUGAGGCCUUCUUUAGGACACUAUAUGAAAACAUAAAAAUAUUAACAAUAAGCCUCAGUGACCUAGGGCUGGGGUUGCUGCAGCACCCUCAGCAACUCUACUCCUCUCCGUUAUGGCUGCGCUUGAUUAGCCCGGCUCGCAGCAGGCAAUGUUAAAAUGCCUUUGCAGAUGUAGACAGAGGGACGUCUUCAGCGGCAUUAACCAUUUGUACAGUUCAUCACGUCCCGUCUCUCUCUGUGAAGGCAGGCGUUUCACCCUCCAGAACAGGCACACAUGCUCUGCCUUUAGAUGUGUUCAGAUGACAAGUCGUUGAUGUAUUUGCCUUCCCGCCUAAACCCCACUCCUCUGUUACAUUUUUUAAAAUAUGCUGGCAAAGGAGAUUCCUAGUACCCUUUAAAGACGGCCCUCUCUGCUGGGUGUGGUCACAGGUGUGCUCUGUUGCACCUGUGAGCACACCUAACAGCGAUGUCAUUGUGUGCUGUUCCACCCUGGAGUACACUUAUACAUCACUGCUGCAUGGUGAGGAGUCAAUCCACAGCAGAAAAAAGAUUGUCAGCUGUUGUUAACACAUUUUGACAAACGAGAAAAAUGUGCCUUCGUGCCAUCAUCACAAGGUGUGUAGUUGGAUGGUUUGACCAAUUACUCCACUUGGGGUUAGCAGGGUAAAGCUUCUUUCUGUCACUUAUUCAGUGUUUGAGUGUAGCUGAUCACACACUCUGACCACAUUAGUGUGAGUCACUUCAUCGUCCUGCUGCUGUCCCUCCGUAUUGUUCAGUCGGCUGCAGUAUUCUCUGUAAUAAUUGAACUGUGAUGUACUGUAUGUAACGGCCUCUUGUUUUCUGCCGGCCAACAUUAACACAGAGAGAUAAGUAUUAACUGAUUGUGAUUGAGUGACAAUUUGCAUGAUAUUAAUUUAGUAAUUUCCCUUCUUCAGUUCCUGCAUUUAUUAUUCAGAUACUCCAAAGAUCAUUUGUAUCCAAGGAAAGCUGUUCAAGCGUGCUUUCUCUGUUUCACAUUGAACCUUCAUGAUGGCUGCACUGCUCUACUGGGGGCCACUGAGCAGCUGGAGCUGGAUUGUAUGUACAAGGUAUCAAGUCAGACCAUCUGUGCCUUUUUGCCAUCAUGCGUGAUGAAAAUAAUAUAAUUUUCCUCGCUGGCUUAGUACCCAACUUUGCGGCUGCAGACCAGCUCCGGCCUUAAGAAAACAAUAUCAGAUUUGACUAAAUGACAUAUCCUUAUAGUCUGUUAGAUUCUAAACAUGGCACAGUCAUUGUGUUGGCUCUUAUUUUCAUAUUUCAUAUGUUGCAAGUAGAUGUGCCUGUCCAGUGGGAGGAGCAAACGAGACUGUGAGUGUAGACACCCCAUGGCAUAAUUCGCCUUUAGCCUCUAAUGGUCAGCAAUAGAUGAAAUAAAGCAAAUAUAGCUUUGUGUCUAUGAACAUGAAAGUACGGACUGGCUUCAGGUCUUAGCUUUAUGCUUGUGCAGCAAGCUAGCUAUCAUGACUUUAGAUGAAACCAUUGAAAGUUUCUAAAAAGGUUUGUAAUAAAGGCAGGUGUUCUAUAAUGUUCUGAAUGUUUAAUGCUGUUAUUCAUUUGAUUAUUUACAUCUGUACUUUUUCUACUGUGACGUCAUAAUCUCCUCUGUGAAAAAGGUCUAUCAGCUACUCGUGUAGCGACAUUACUCCUGUCAGAUUUGAAUUUUCCACAAUGGCUUUUGAAAUGCUAAAAUGAUUGUUAAUGUUAAAAUGGCAAAGCAUGCUCAGCUGUCUUUCCAUGGGUGAAUGAAGAUGAAGGGACUACUUUCUGUAACUUAACUUCACAUAAUGUGGAGUGAGAGUAGGCACCAUGCUAAUAUGUUAGCAUACACAGUUACACUGUUAUCCAAAAUGUCAGUUACCAUCCAAUGAUUGUGCACACACAUCAUGUCAGACUGUCCUCUCACCGCUCAGCUCUGCUCCGUAUCCUCCACCUCUGUGUCAACCCUCCACCUUUGUAUUUUAUACUCAGCAUGUACUAACAGUUCCUGUAUGAUUAUUGUCUCUGUUUUUUUAUAGUAUUAAUGAUGCACAUGUUAACACUGUUGAUUUGCAAUUAAAUACUUGUCACCUUCUCA